UGGCGUGUUUAGAUGUUUUUGAUUGCAUUAUUAUCGCGAUUUCGUUCAGAAAGUCUUUGUACGUGUUGGAAAUGGUAAUACUCGGUAUGGCAAAUACACCCGCAUCAUUUCAAUACUGUGCAAGGAUAUUGACAAUUGUGUAAACGAGCAUUUGUGUAAAUAGUGGACACGUGUGAGGUUCCUCGUGUUCUUUGUGUACUAUGUGUUAGUGCAUGAUGCCGCCGCGGCGGCGCUGCGGUCGCGCCACGUGAUUUGCAACAAAAUGACGGACUCAGGUCCCGCUAAUUCCAUUAUCGAGGGAACUGUAAAGUUUCGCGACGGGAAAAAGUGGAAGUCGCGAUGGUGUGUUAUGAGGAAAUUGUCACCAGUCGCAGACUGCUUACACCUGCAGCUGUAUAAAGACUUGAAGGAGCGGCAGCGCAACGGGCAAACAAAGGCCUCACUUUCCCUGCAGCAGUACCUCGGCUUCGAAGCUGGCUUCACCCUCGAUAAAGAGUCCAACACACUCGCUAUCCUCUGUGAGGACGUUGUACCAGUCCUUGCAUUUGAUACUCGAGAAAUAUUGAUACAGUGGAGAGUUAAGGUCCAACAUAACUUAGGCAGCAGUAAGGAGUUCGCAGCAGUGAUCGUAUCUUCACCAGCGGGCAGCGGCGCCCGAGCUGGGCCAGCACGCCUUCACGCUUGUGGGCCGCGGCUCGCGCUUGCGGUCGCCAGGCCACCUGAGGUCAUCGCACUCUGGGACGUCAAAUUGCUCAGGUAA